AUGCGGCUGAGGGAAAAGAGAGUCAAUUGUCCGCCACAUUGUGUGCUUUGCAAUUCAGCAGAUGAAGAUAGCUUGCAUCUUUUCUUUAAUUGUCCUAGUAGUAGCAAUGUUUGGAACUUGUCAAAUCUGUCAAAUGAUGUCAAAAUUGCUGUUACUCAAGGUUUGAACAGCAACGCUGUUAUUUUUCAUCUGCUACAGGUUCUGUCCGCGGAAGAAUCGGCCUUAUUUGCAACUAUUUUAUGGAGCAUAUGGAAACAGCGGAACAACAAGAUUUGGAAUGACGUCACAGAUGCGCAAAACUUUGUCUUGGAGAGAGCAUCUUCUUUGUUGUAUGAAUGGAAUGCAGCUCGAAACGCAAGGUUGAACAACAAUGUUGUUAACAGAGAUGGCAUUUGCAUUCGGGAUGAUGAAGGUGCAUUUGUGAUUGCAAGAACAAAAUGUUUAACUCCAAAGUGUGAUGUGCAUAUUGGUGAAGCAUUAGGUUUGUUGACAGCUCUUCAAUGGGUGCAUGAGUUACAGUUAGGGCCUAUAGAGUUCGAACUUGAUUCCAAAAAAGUGGUUGAUAGCUUUGGAGCUAAUAGGCAUGAUUCGACGGAAUUUGGAGCUAUUAUUAAUGACUGUAAAACUUUGUUUAAUCAUUUCUAUGAAAACUCGAGUGUAGAGUUUGUUCGGAGACAAGCAAAUGGGACUGCCCAUGAAUUAGCAAAGGCGGCCACAUUAUCGACUAAUUUUCAUAUUUUGGUUACGCCACCACAUUGUAUUGAACACAUUUUAAUUAAUGAUAUGCUAUAA